GUCGUGUCCAGAGCUUCGUCGAAUUCGAGAGUUGCCAUGUUGCAGCGGGUACUGCGUCGGCAGGUGGUGCGCGCGGCUGCUGGCAGCGUCCGAUGGAUCAACUAUGGCCACGACAUGCACAAGGAAAUGAUGACAGACACCCAGAAAGUGGCCAUCACCGAGUACGACGAGGGUGGUUUCGUCGUGAACGAAGUGAAUUUGCGUGGUUCCAUUGCGGUCUUUCCUGAAAUCGCGAUGAUGUGGAAGCCGCAGACAAUGGACGAGAUCACAAAGGAGAGUUUGACGAUCUUUGCUGUCGCCAACCCCCCCGUUGAAAUCCUCGUGUUGGGGUGUGGCAAGCGCAUUCCUCGAUUGCUCGAGCCUGAGCUUGCCGAAUACUUGAAAUUCCACGGCAUUGUCGUGGAGUACGUCGAUUCGUUCAAUGCGUGUGCGACGUUCAACAUCUUAAACGCCGAAGACAGAAAGGUGGCGGCGGCGAUCCUUCCCGUCGAACCUUUCUCGAUUAAAUCUGUAUAAUUACAAAGCCCACGUUCCACGACUCCAA